CUCCCGCCACCGUGUGUCAAGAGACAGACGAGACUAGAUCCGCAGCAGCGACACGAGCGAGCUGGCGACGAUGGCGAACCCCACGGUGAACCUGAAGCCGUCACUGGUGGUCUCCGCCUCCCUCUCAGCGUCGCCCUUGCUGCCGUUGGUCGUCUCCUCGGCGCUGCUCGCCGCGACCUCAGCAUCAGCAUCCUCGGCUGAUUCCUCCUGCUCGCUGCUGCUGUCGCCGCCCGUGAAGAAGUCGCGUACCUCCUGGGCGGCGCUGUUGACGCCCUCCUUGACCGUGUUGAUCGCACUGUCGAUGCCGCCGGCGAUCUGGUCCAUUACGGGCUCUGAGUCGCCUGUCCCUGCGUCGGUGUCUGUCUCGUUCUCGGCCUCGGUGACAUUGGGAGCUGUUGAAUGCCAUGCCAUGCCACCCAAAGACACAGAUCGGUCGAUGGGUGCUUGUGUUUGUGUGGGGUGUGGGGUGGGGGGUGUGGGCUGGUGGGGGUAGGGUACUGACCGGCUGUGACUUCAGCGAGUUCCUCGUCGUCGACGAGGAUGUCGUCAACGGGGGCGGGGGUGCUGUCCAGCUCGGCCUCGGCCGCAGGAGGAGUCGUCACAUCUGCAGCAGACACAAACCAAGACACACACCAGAAACACAUGGAUGGAUGGAUGGAUGGAUGUGGCCAUGUGUGUGUGUAGAAGAGUGUACCCUCGUCGAUGAGUUCUUCAUCGGCCUCGUCGUCGAUGACGGGCAGCACUGGGUCCUGCUCCGCCACCACCUCGGCCUCAGGCAGUGUCACGUCGUCGCCCAUCUGACCGGGGAACGCCUGCAGGGGACCUGCACCACACCACACCACACCACAGCCACAGCCAUACACACGUACAGGGUGUGUGAGGGGGUUAGGGGGAGGGAGGGAGGAAAGGAGUGGUGGGUGUCACUUACCCUGGUCGCCGCCCUCUCCACCGGGCUCAGCUGCGGUUGCGGGGCCUCUGGUGUAGCAGAAGACGCCCGCUGGGUUAUCAGGCUCCCAGCAGCAGCCCUUGGCAGCUGACACACACAUACGCACCCACCCACACACACACACACACACACAUACACACACAGAGAGGGCGUGUGGUGGGGUGGGGUGGGUGUGUUCUGUGAUGCCCACUUUCUUCUCAAAUGACGUACCGCAGUUUGAUUCGUUGACAUCUUCGCCUUGGUCGAGGCAGCCCUGGUCGUUGGUGACCCUGUUGGGACACUCGCCCUCAGGCUGCAACUCUCCUGCAAAGCACAACACACAACACGCACACACGAGUGAGACACGCCGCACAAACGUUCAACGGACACUUCACAAGUAUCACGCCUUUCGACCCCAGUGCCCCUGCCGCCACCUUCACACUGCUCUAGCUGCCCUGCACCCCCCUCUCUGCCCGCCGCCCGCCCGUCUCGCCCGUCUGUGUGCUAACUGUCAUCUCUCCACACACACAUUCGUCUCUUACUCAGGGCGUCGGCGGGCAAGGAGAGCAGCGCCACCACGGCGACGAGGCCGAGCUUAGCUAUUCUUGAAAACCCCGACAUCGCUGGUGUGCGUUUGGAGUGAAUAUGAGGAGGGGAGGACCGGGCGACGAGAGGGUCGGUCGGAGAUCUGGGUUGUGGGCUGAGUGUGAAGGG